CCUAAAACUCUGGAGUGUCGAGAAUUUACCAAAUCGAGUCACUCUUUCAAUUUCUGUGUGUGUGAGAGCAAAUUAGCAAUGGCCUCCAAAGCAAGCGGCUCCAUCUUCCAAAGCCUGAAACGCUACAUCAAGAAGCCAUGGGAGAUAACCGGACCCUGCGCCGAUCCAGAGUACAAAAACGCUUUGCCCAAAGCUACGGAGUACCGUAUUCGCUGCCCCGCCACACCUUUGCAAAAGCCCAUCGUCCCAACCUCCGACCCCGAAACCGUCUUCGACAUCAAAUAUUACACCCGCGAUCAACGCCGCAACCGUCCCCCGAUCCGCCGUAUCAUCUUGAAGAAAGCUGACGUGGAGAAGAUGAUGAAAGAGAAGACCUUUGAUGUCAACGAUUUUCCUAGGGUUUACUUGACUGCUAAAGUUGAAGAAGAUGAGAAUGCCAUUGGUGGAGGUUACCAGAAAUAGGCUCUGGAACCUGUGGCAAUAUUUAAUGUGCACCAGUUCCUUCAGUUUCACUCCCUUGCUGGCCUGUCCUGGAACAAAUGCAGGCCAUGUUAUGAUAGCAAUUUCAUGAGACUCUUGAAGUUAAAGAGGAUGCAGUGUCCGACAUUAAUAAGGAUAGUCACCUGUAUUUUUUUUAUUUGUUUGGUUUAUUCUGUAACCGUCAUGUUUGUAUAAACCCAGAUGCGAGUGCAGUCGGCUGAUGGCUGAUGUCAUUGAUUCCUUCAAGCUUGUAUGAUUUUCUAAACAUGAUAAUCUGGCCUAAGUUUUCACAACAUCACAGACAGUAGGUCUGAUGAGUAUCUGGUUUUUAUUAGCUGUCCUGCAAUAAGAAAAGAAAUAUAGAGCCAACUCCAUUGUUUCUGUUUUC